ACCUAACAAACGUUCCUUUCCCCAGUCUUUCGCGUCCCGAGGACCGGUUACCAUCGUCGUUCACGUGUUUCCACGUUUCUUGUCAUCAUUUUGUGCCAGGACCUGGGUUAGUGUCGAGGAUGACGCUACCUGUCCAACCAUUUGGAAUCCUAGCUUGAGUCAUCCAGGGUCAGCAAGAGCAGGACCAUGUGGCUACUUCAUCAUCAAUGUGUCCUGCGAUACGUUCUGUUCUUAUUCUUGCUCGUCGAGGGUGUGCGAGACACAAUUGGUGGUGGAGGGUUGCACGAGGGUGGCAAGGUGUCGAAGAGGUCGAAACCUGUGGACCCGGACGAGGAGAGCCACGACAACGAGGACUACUACUACGAGGACGUGGAUGAAAGAAACAAUCCGACGAACGAGGCACCGGUUGUGCCGCCCGGAUUCCUCAGUCCCUCUGUAAGGGAGUAUCUCGAUCUCGGUAAAUCGAUACCUGGUCGGGCAGGAACGGACUACCCGGUGUUAGGCAAGGUACCCUACACGAAUUUCUACUGCGACGAUCAACCGUACCCAGGUUUUUUCGCGGACGUGGAAACGAGAUGCCAAGCGUGGCAUUACUGUGACAUCGACGGUCGACAAGCGACAUUUUUGUGUCCGAAUGGCACGCAAUUCAGCCAAGCAGUAUUCGUCUGCGACUGGUGGUUCAACGUCAGGUGCGAACUCAGCCCCAAAUUAUACGUUAUCAACAGCCGACUAUACGGCAGGCCCACGGAGAGCCCGACGAGACCGCAUCGCCUCAUCACCAAGGAAUUGCUCGAGAAUAUUUUUGUCAGGCGAAAAUGAACGAGAUUCUAGCGUUUUUCCUUUGAUGAAUAAACCACUCAGGUUUUGAGAUGGUGUUGUCUGAUGGACAACAAAAUUUUGGGAGGAGAUGAGAAGAUUAACUGAAUUACAGAGGAUGGAUCAGUAAUUAUUAAUAUUUUAAUUAUUGGAAUUUUUAGGAGAAUUUUAAUUUUGUUAAAAAUUAAUAGAGAUAAAGGUGAUCUUCUAAAUAAAAUUUUUCCAUCUUUCAGUUUGAAUUUUUGCAAAAUUAUUAUAAUAUUAAUAUUACUUAGAGUUUUCUUUAAUUUUGUAUUUUCUCAAUUAUUAGUUAUAUUGAAUUUUUGACGUAGAUCACUAGUGAACACCCAGGAUAUUAAUUACUGGUCCACCCUAUAACAAAUACUUGUUUUUCAAUGAAUUCCAAAAAUUUAUCCAAAUUUUGUCUAUAAUUCAGCAACAGCCAGUGGAAAAUGGAUACAUUAAAAGAUAAAGACAUCUACAUACUUGAUUAGUAAGAUAUAGUACUUAAGGGAUGAUGGUUGUUUUGAAUAACUAUGUGAAAUGAAUGAUUGAUACUGUAUGACUGAUUUAAUGAUAAAUACUAAAUAAGUAUACUGCAAUAGUUAAUGUGUGUUUGAAACGAGACAAUGAAUGUGAAUAGUUGCUUUUUUCGAUUAAGAUUCUGUUCGAAGUGCCACUGAAAUCAUUUAGUACACUGAUUAUUACUCUAGAAAGAUGUAUAUGUGCCUUGGAAGAAUAUUAUACAAUAUAAUUUUGCGAAUGGUGAGACAAUGUAUUUGUUUGAAAUGUAAAAUGCGAUUUGUUCAUUCUAGAUUAAAAUAUAAAUUUUCUCGAUUAAA